AUGGCAUUGAAUUCAGUUGAAAAGAUCACACUAAAAACUGACAGUAUUCAACCAUCCAUCCUCAAGAUAUUUAAGAAUAUUAAAUCAAUCACAAUCAACAAUUCAUUCAAAAGAAAAACCUACGACAACACUCUAGUCAGAUUCAUAUUUAAUAGUUUAAAAUGUUUCCUCACAUCAAUCAAUUUACUAGACUACCAAACUGCAUCAUCGACAAGUGAUUCAUUUUUGGAGGCAAUCAACAAGUCAACAACAGUAGGAAUAGUAAAAUUGUUGUUUCCAAGGGAUUGGUGUAAAGACCCAAUUGUACUAGACACUCGAUUGGCCAACAACAUUGUCAACAGCAUCAUCCUUCCACCUCAACAAAUGCCAAACUUGCGAAUAUUCCAUAUCAUCGAUAUCCCACAUGGUAGAUUCGACUUGGCCGGUACAAAACUGACCAAAUUGGUCUAUCAAGAAAAUGUGGAUUUCCAACGACUCAUCAUCGCCACUUCAAUUUGUCCAAUACACAAGGAUCGUGCUCCUCAUACUGGCACAUAUGGUGGGCGACAUAUUCUUCAAUUUAUCAAUCGACUCUGA